GAUGUGUCACACCUGAAGUGAAUAAUCUCUACUUCCUGUUUGUGUAAAGUCUCCUCACUCUCCUCUCCUCAGUUAGAUUGUUCACAUGUUGCGUUUCUCUGUGCUUCAGCUCUGCUCUCUGUUGCUUUUUUUGUUUUCUGGAGUUAUUUGAAUUUGGAUCUUCUCGUUGGUUUGCCUGCCUCCUGCCAACUAAACCGGAUGCCGCCCCUCAGCAGGGACUACAACUCCCACUGUCGCUGCGUGGAGGUGGAGUCGAGGAUCAUCCCUCCAGACAACCUGCGGAGCAUCAAGCUCUUCCCUGAAGGACCUCACUGCCCAGACACCGAAGUCAUAGCUGGACUGGCGAGCGGCGAGAAGGUCUGUCUGAACCCUCGGUCCUCGUGGGUGAAGAAGCUGAUCAAGUACGUUCUUGAGAAACAGCUGCAUCAGCAGGGAGCAGCGUUCGCCAAGAAUCAAGCAUAAAAACUAAAAUGUUGCUUCUUUUUCUACCUCCCUCCUGCAACAAUGAGCCCUGCUCUUUUUACUUUAAAGAUUAAUACACAACACAGUAUAUAACGUCUACUCUUUGUCUUUUGGUUUUAAGUCUUUGUGUUUUUCCGUUGUUGAAUUUGUAUUGAAUUUCUACUUUUUAUACAUAUUUUCUAAAUAACACUGAUUCUGGAUUUAAAGACACAAGAAAUAAACUGUCGUUACGUUCAAAUGGAAAGAAGGAAACCAGCUGUGAUGUUUGAGUGGAUAAAGCAUCUGAGUAUAACUAAUUUUGAAACUUUUUAAAUAACAAGUUGCCUUUGAUUUA